AUGAGGGCGCUGGCCUCGAUUGCAUUGCUCUCUUUGACGUCCUCCCAAGCGCUGACAAACUUAAAGACCGACUGGGACGCCUACACCAGUGCCCUCGUGAUCCCCGAUGUGAUCGACAUGACGAGCGGCGGCCACAUCGACAUGCAGAUCGGUCGCGCUGCGCACAAUUGGACAGAGGACGGCUCCGUCUCCGGGGACAUUUACGGCUACGCGCUCAAGAACGCCACCCCGACGUUUCCGGGCCCAACGAUCAAGGUGGCUCGAGGCGUCCCCAUUUCCGUCACAUGCAUCGCCAUCGCCGAGUCUCAUUGCUAUCCGUACUGCGGCGUGCCAACUGUUGUUCAUGUUCACGGCCUCGAGUCACCCGCCAAGUACGAUGGGUUGCCACUGCGUACGAUCUACAACAACCAGUCGCAGAAGUUCGUGUACCUCAACAACCAGUCUGCCUCGACCAAGCUCUAUCAUGACCACGCAAACGGGCUCACUCGGCUCAAUGCGUGGGCUGGGCUCAUGGGGGUUUACGUGAUUCAAGAUGCCGACGCAGAUGCUGCGAUCAACGUGGACGUGGAGACCGAUAUUCCCAUCAUGAUCGCAGAUCGGCUCAUCAACGAAACCGGAGCGCUAAUGUACUCGGACGACAAUUGCCAAACGGGCAUCACGCGGUGGGUACCCGAGUCGUUCGGAGCUGUGAACACUGUGAACGGUAUUGUCAUGCCCUACGUCGACGUUCCGCCAGCUGAAGUUCGUCUGCGCAUCACGAACGGUGCCAAUGCUCGGCACUACAACUUGACGCUGCCCUUUGCCGGUCAGUGCAAGGUUAUUGCCAAGGAUUCCGGCUUCGUGCAGCAGCCCGAAGAUCUGCCGACACAUUUGUUAAUCUAUCCCUUCGAGCGAGUGGAGUUGUUUUGCGAUUUCUCAAGUGACGUUGACGGCACCACCUACGACAUUGUAGAUAUCCCGACAGUGGCUGUCAGUACAACUUACGACCCGCGUGUCAUGCAAUUCCGCGUGUCGGAAGAGCUCAAGACUGACACGAUGACGACACGCACCUUGCCAUCCACCCUAGUCCAGCGAAAAGAUCUCAAGAAGCUGUAUCAAGAGCUUGGAGGGAAGAAUCGAUCGAUCAUCUUGGGUGAGAUGGACGUGUCUACGAACUGCCCGACCAAGAGCUUGAUCCGAUAUCGUGGCAUCGAAAUCAACUCGACCACCAUCAAGAAUACCCUCGACUGCACGAAAGGCAAGGUCGAGAAGUGGCACUUUCAGAACCCGACCGACGACCCGCACCCUUUUCACUGGCACGUGGUGAAUGCUCAGUGCGGCGCCAACGACGACGAAGUGGACACUAACGCGCUGAAGGACGUGGUGGUGAUUCCAAAUGCAGGAUCCAGCCGUGCCUCAACCACCGUGACCCAAAUAUGCUAUGUGGCGUGUACUCCGGACGAGUUUCUUGUUGAAGGCAGCGAGCGAGCCAUAUGCCACAUCUUGGAGCACGAAGAGAACAACAUGUUGAGUUUGUUCCAGCUCACUGACGGUGACGACGAUGCCCCGAAUGACGAUGGAUCGACUUCCACUACAAAUGAAAUCACCACAGCGGCCAUCGUGUCUGCAAUGGGUAUGAGCGUGCUUGGAGCUGUCGCGACCUCGAUGUCGAUACUCGUCAUCUCCGUGGAGAAACUCAUGUUCCUCGGCAAUCCGCGCUCACUUUCUGUCGCCUUCUCGCUGUCUGCCGGUGUCAUGAUCUUCAUCGCCUUUGCCGACUUGUGGAUGGAAGCUGUCACGUACUACAAAGCUGCAUUCACAACGGGUGGCAGUGCCGACCCUGAAGCGUACGAGACCGGUACUACUUCUGGUAGCACGGGUACGUGUGGGAACACCUGUGCGGGCAAUGCAUGGCUUGCUACAAUGGGCGCUUUUCUUCUCGGAAUGGCAUGCAUCCUUCCUGUGGAGUAUAUCGUGCACAUGACGGUGGAGAAGAAAGGAUCGUACUGGGACCAGCAGAACGAGAAGGAAGACGAAGUUGCGGUGGCUAGCGCUAACACGUCACCCUGUGUCAUGGGGUCGCGCCGCGAGAUGAAUCUGCUUGAGACGGGUUCUGAUGAUGAAGCGAAACUCUUAGCGGUUGCGCAACAGCAAAAGGAGCAGUAUCGACGAGCUGGCAUGAUGACAAGCAUUGCCAUCGCAAUUCACAACUUUCCAGAGGGGUUGGCACUCUUCGUGUCAUCGCUGCAGGGGAUGGAAACUGGGAUAAUUCUCUCCAUCGGAAUCAUCUUACACAAUUUGCCGGAGGGAGUGGCAAUCGCUGCCCCUGUCUACUACGCCACGGGUAGUAAGUUACAGGCAUUCAAGUGGACUGCUAUCAGUGGUGUUGCCCAGCCCCUUGGUGCUGCUGUCGGAUGGGCUGCUGUGUCCGGCGGUCUGAGCUACGCACUCCAAGCCUCACUAUAUGCUGUAGUGGCAGGCAUGUUGGUUUGCAUUGCUGCCAAGGAGCUGCUGCCGGGAGCGUAUCGAUUUGACCCCAAGGGCAAGUACUUCGUACUGUCCUUCUUUGUUGGCAUCUCGAUCAUCGCGUCCAGUCUGGUGCUUAUCCAUUACGCCGGAUCAGACUAA